AUGCGCUUCACUGCUUCUGCUCUCGCCAUCGGCGCGGUGGCAUCCCUAGCCGCGGCCGUUGCCAACCCGGACUUCAACUUUCCCGACAUUGUCCCCAUGGCGAAGCGUCAGACCUCGGGUCCUGCUUAUCAAUGCCACGCCAGUUGUGGAUAUGCCAUCCAGAACUCCGCCAGGGAUGGCUACUGUCAGGACCAGUCCUGGGUGAAGCUCCUAGACGACUGCCUCGACUGCGCCCUCAAGUACAAGAUCUGGCAGUGGUACGGCGACAAGGUCAGCGCCGCCGCCGGGAAGUGCGGCCUGGACGCGACUCCCAAGCCCGUUGACGACGGUGGUUCAUCCCAGGUUGGAUCGGGGACUGCAGCUCCCAGCACCACUCCCAUCACUACGGCAGCUCAGCAGACGCCUCCAGGCCAGUCUACCCAUGCGGAAAGCCGUUCGGUUUCGGGACCAGUGGCGCCUACAUCUGUCGUUCAAACCACCGCGGCGUCUGAUGUUGCCCCCGGUCACAAUUCUACCGCCAGUCAUGCUCCAACCGUCACAGCCGGGGCAUCGCAAAACAUGCUUUCCGGCCGUGUCGUAGCUGGAGUGGCCGUUUUGAUUGCCGCCAACAUGUUUUAA